AUGGACCGUACCGGGUUUUGGCGCGCCAAGGUGAAAAUACUUACCGCGUAUACUGUACCUGCCAACCCAUCCGAAUCGAGUGGUACCUACCGACUCAAGAAACGGGAGUCGAGUGACGAAGAUAUAGUCCUGGACGACAAGUUACUCCCGGACGACAGUCAGAUUGAACGUGUGGAGUUUCAAGACGGAGACGUGGCGUUCUCCAACUCGUUGUCUGCUGUCACGGCAGUCCUGGAUCGUCGCUACGGGACUCCUCAUGAACGCGAAUACUUGGUGGAGUACACCGACGGACUGGUCGACUGGGUGCCCGAGUCAAAUCUGAGAGACUACCGCUCUUUUGUCGACGAGUACGAGAACCGUGCCCGGGAAAAGGCCAGACUACUUGUGCUACGGCGCAGUCCUCGUCUGUCCCAUCUCGACGAGGAGGCUGAAGUACGAGAGUACUAA